CUAGGGGGGCUGAAUACGAAAAGGCUUCCGAUUUUUUUUUAUUCAUAAAGGAGUGCUGCUAUUGGCUCGCGUUCAACGAGCGGCGCGCAGGGAGCGUGGUCUCAUCUCUUCUGUUAGAGGAGUAUUGCUGUGCAAUGGGAAGUCGCGAGGUUUUGAAGCUUUUCAAAUUGCUGCACAGGACAAGACAAAAUGUUUUCAAAAAUGAUCCAAGAACCCUAGAAGCCGCAAGACUUAGGAUAAACGAAGAAUUCAAAAAUAACAAAGAUGAGACUUCUUCGGAAAAAAUAGCUGAGCUUAUGAAAAUAGGUUCAGAUGUAGAAGUUAUACUUCGGACCUCUGUAAUUCAGGGUGUUCAUUCAGGUUCCAACAAACUAUUGCUGAUACCAAGGAAAGAGCUGCUUCUAGACAAUAUUCCCUUCUGCGACCCACCAACACCCAAGUUGUGAAUGAGAGAGAAUAAAGUAUAACUGCAAUAGGUGUUGCACCUUUCUGAGAAAGAAGAUAGUAGCUAUGCUGAGAAGGUUGAUUUCGAGAGCCUUGAAUCCAAAAGCUUUGGUGCUGAUCUGUGAACUCUGAUAAGUGGUAAGGUCACAAAGAGCAGCUAAAAUUCUUCUUUCACCGUAUUCUGUGAUACUAUAUUGUUAUGUGCUGUGAGUGCUUGAAUUUUAAUAUUUAUAAUCUGCCUUUCUCACAGGGACCAAAGGCGGAAUGUACAUAAUGAGUCAGUACAGUUUAAAAAGUGGGGCAUUCAGUAGCUAGUGUUUUAGGACUUCUAGGAAGAACUGAAGCUCAGUAUAAAUGUUAAUAUCACUCAUCAAGUGGUACAUAAAAACAAUAAUAGGAUCCUGCUUGCAUCAAGCUAUACACAGUAGCAUUGACCACAGUUUCCUAAUCAUUUAUCCAAGAAAGUUUGUGAACCAUUUUGUACAGUGCAACCCUAUUAUUUACACAGAAAAGCCCUCUUGAAUAGUUCUGUUUUCUAUUCUAUGUUGAAAUGCAGUCCAACAAACUAAAAGGACUACUCAAUGCACACUGGGUAAAAUGCGUAUAUGUUACAGGUUAAUUUGAAAUGUCUGGGAAAUGUGCAUAAAUACCAGCAUUGUUUACAUUUUCUGGGCAGUGUGAAGUGUAUGUGUACACACUGCAUCAAUAAAGGGAUUUCAUAUUUGGCAAUACAUUUUCAGUUUUUAAUCUGUAUUGAAUAUUUGGGUGUGUGGUUAUUUU